CGCACAUCUACAGUAACUCAAAGGCCCUUUAGCCCUCCAUCAGGAACGUUCAGACCGUCGAAAUUAAUGGCUCCACCUCAACCGAGAUCUGGUGAACUUUGCCCGAAGAGGGCAACACGCAUGACAAUAGUUCCCAUCAAUUUACGGGCAUUUCAGGGAACCGAAAGGAAGGUAAAUCGAAGAAGAGAUCAAAGUGGAAAAGAAGAAAGACAGAGCCAGCCACAGUACCGAGAGAAGCCAACACCGCUACUAUUCUUACGAUUAUCGUAUGCAAACCCCUACGCAGAAGCAACGUAGUCUG